UAGAUGGGAAUGACGAAGGAAUCAAGUAGGAAGUGUUCACACUGUGGGAACAAUGGACAUAAUUCAAGGACAUGCAAUGAGAAGGUUGGGAUGAAGCUUUUUGGUGUAAGGAUUUUGAGAAAAGAGGAUGAAAUUCUGAAGAAGAGCUUGAGUAUGGAUAAUUUGAGGACAUGCACGGUUGAUCAGGGCUCCUCUGAUCCUGGGUAUCUAUCAGAUGGACCUGUUCAUACAAGAAGAACCACCAGCACACAUGAAAGGAAAAGGGGGGUGCCAUGGACAGAAGAAGAACACCGAACUUUCCUAGCGGGAUUAGAGAAACUUGGGAAAGGUGACUGGAGAGGAAUUUCAAAGAACUUUGUGACCACCAGAACACCAACCCAAGUUGCCAGCCAUGCUCAGAAAUAUUUUCUCAGGCAGGCUUUAUCCAAUAAGAAGAAGCGUCGAUCAAGCCUUUUCGAUGUGGCCAUUCAAAACGUAGGGCCAGCUUCACAAACUGCACAUGCUUCGCCCCUUGCAAGAACCAAUGAAGCCUCAGAGCAGAUGCUUCAGGCAGGUGUGUCAGCUCAAAUUACAGCCAAAGUAGCUGGUCUAGGAUUGGAAUCUCCACCAAUCAGCCCCAUAUCCGCAACUUCUGGUGCUCCCAAUCUCAACAGGAUCCCAUAUACGGUACAAGCGCGAUUUGACGGCAUGAGACUGAACUAUCCACCAGUUAAAAUCUUUCCAACAGUAUCUUACAUCCCAGUGAUGAAUUAUCCCAACCAAGGCUACACAUACCGACCUAAAGUACACAACAACCUCGCUCCAUGUGCACUCAUUCCAUCACAGUUGCCCGUCAAUCCAUUACCUCAACUCCCACAAUGUGUAUCUCAGACAGAUCCUGGGGCUUCAACAGCAGUGAACACUGAUCUAGGUUUGAGUGUCACACCAACUCAACCGCCUGACCGAGACAAGUUGUCGUCUCAGCCAUCCAAUUUCGGUGGGGCUAUUAGUGUUGUCUGAGUUCUGUUUGGGCCGAUGAAGUAUCUCUAUUUGUCUUCUCAUAUUUUCUAUUAAUUAGAAAUUAGAUAAUGGAAUUCUUUAUCAGCUCUCCCAACGAAAAUGAAAAUGAAAAUGAAAGCUGUUGAUUCUAUGUCUCUUAAGUUCAUCUAUGCUUUUAUUUUACUUGUGAUUUCCUGUAUCUUAGAUAUUAUAAAUUUCUAUUCCUCUAUAGACAGAUAGGAUACUCUGGAGGAUAAUAGAGCCAGGAUCUUGUAUUGCUUAUGCAGUAGAGAUGGUUUUAAUCACAAUAGUAUGCUGUCAAAUAUCUGAUUAAAUUAUGGGUUAAGGCGAAUUCAACCCUGUUCGACUUAAUUCCCAUCCACAGUGUUGUGUACCUCAUUGCUUUGACAAGAAUCAAGUGUACUGGUGUUCCUGUUCAACAAAGGAUGGUAAUUUUUUAUUUGGAAAAUAUUGAAGAUAAUGUAAGUUGAUUAGA